ACAGGUGUGUAUUUCUACACACUGAGCUGAGCUUUGAGAGGACGAGACAACAAAAUGCCGUUGAAGCGGACGAGAAACGGAGGAAAUAAUCUCAUGAAAGAAAAGCUGAGCCGGGAGAUGCGACAGAGCAGACUGACUCUCUUCAUUCAGCAGUUUGAGAAAGAAGCACAAGAGCGGAUGAACGAGUUAGACGCCAAAUUGGAGAACAUGUUGACGACGGUGGACAAAGUCUUCAAAGUGGAGGUGAUGAAGAUGCCACCUUCUCUUCAAAAAACGCUCAUAGGGGAAUUAAUAAGCGAGGAAGUCUCAGCAAGCGACGUGUCAAUUGCCAUGAAGAAUGAGUCCCUUGAGAUGCCGCAGCCCCUCCGGAGGGUCCACAGUAAAAGAGUAAAAUCAACUGAUUCUUCACCGGGUCAGCCCAGCCCAGCCCAGAGGUCCUCAUCCAAGACCUCCAAGGGAGGAAAGGGGACAAAGAGGACCAGAACAUUAGUCGGCAGCAACAGCACUGGAAAUCUCACGGGUGCCUCGGCCCCUGUGAAAAGAACUCAAAGCCGCGUGACCAGGACCAAUGAGCAGACCAGAUCGACCAAACCCAAACUCAGGUCUGUCGUCUCUGCCGGUGACCUGCACUGUUCAAUGGUGGGCUCUGCUGCACACAUCACUGUCACCACAGCGCUGGGACAGACUGUCUGCUUCUCUGAAGAGACGAAGGAUGAGAUUAACUUGGACUUGCUGGAUGAUGUGGCAUGGUGCCAGAUUCAGAAGCUCACGACUGUCAACAUGAAAAGAAAGAUCAGUCCUGGAGGCUCUGCCCUCCUGUUUCCCGAGGGGUCCGCUGGUGUGCAGGUGGCAGCAGGGGUUACAGAAUCUGGCAGGACUGAAAAGGAGAUCCCCGCACGGCAUCCCUCUAUUGUGCCCUCUGAGACAGUGGAGCCGGAGCGCAGCGCGGAGAGGAGAGCAGACCUCUUUCUCCCUGAGUGACUGGACGGACUGGGACAGACGGACAGCGAGCGGACAAUCACAACUGUCUCUGCACUUUGA